AUGUAUACAGUUUUCGAAUGCUACGUUCUCCUAACCUAUAAAUGUUUUGGAUAAGCGCGAAAAUAAACCUCGUUUCUACAAAAAGUGUUGUUUUUCAAUGUGAAAUAGUUGUUCUUGUCAAAAAAGUCUAUACUAGAAAGCGUUAAAAGCAUGACUUCUGCCAUGGAUACAGAGGAGUUAAAAAAGUUUUUGCAAGAUGCAGGGAUGUAUGAAGAGAACAUGAAUGAAGAUGAAAUGUUGAGCUAUUACAAUGCAAUUAAAUGUUCAGAGAACACUGCUAAAGAGGAAGAUCAAUGCAGACAAAACGAAAGUGUUGAGUUGGUAGAAAAUGAUAGUGCUGAUCAAAAUACAUCAGGGGAAAUGAUGAAAAUGGAUACAAAUGAUGAUAACAGCAAGGAAGAUGUUAUAGAAAAUGCUAUUUUAGAUCCAAUGAAUUGUAAACCAUCCAAGGUUUAUAAAUUUCACCAUAAAACGCGACCGUUGCGUUAUAAGUUACCACCGUAUCAUGAUCCAGAAUAUGCAAAUUUAUCUGUAGAUGACAGAGCAAACAUUAUAUCUGAAUUUCAUUUGCAACAAAUAAAAAUAUUUUCCGAAUUUCAUAAAAAAUCAAAAACUUUCGUAUCAUUUGGAAAAGAUAUUCCAUGUAACUUUAUAAAUGUAAAUGAUGUAUUUAUGGAAGAUGUUGGUGAGCCAUCUGAAGAAACUUACAUUUCUAGAUCUGGUAGGCAUACAAGACGAAAAGAUUACUCUGAAUGCAAUGCUAGUCCAAAAAUAAAUCAAAAUAAGCGGGAGAAACGUGAUAAAAAUUUUAAUUGUUCACCUACAACACUCAGAACUCAACAAAUUCAAAAUCUUUCAAAUGAGCAAAUUAUGCAAAGGUCACGAUUCUUUAAUGAUUCACCCAAAUCAAGUACUACAUUAAGUAAACCACCAUUGAAUGAGAAAAAACAAGGGGAAGAAUCAGUAACAGAAUCACUAUUAAAAAAUUCAAAUACCCAGGAAAAAAAAUAUAAUUUAAACCCAGCUUGGCUCACUCAAUCAGAUAAUUCAGAAGAAGAAGUGAAAGAGGUAGAUGCAGAGGAAUUUCCAGUGAUAAGAAGAAGGAUACCUCCUCCUAUACGUGGGCGUAAAGGAAUAUCAAAAAGAACACGCUCAACUUUAGAAAUGGAAGCUAGUGAAACAGUCACAUCAUCAUUAAAACCAAUAUUGCAAGUUUCUCCUUCUGUUAGUGCAUCAAAUUCACAGAAUUUACCCCCAAAUAGUACAAAUAAGAAACGUAGAACUAAAAGUACGAUGAUGUGUCCGAUUUGUAGUGAAUAUUUUAAAUCAGAUGAAGUUGAAGCUCACGCUUCAAAUUGCGGUUUGGGCAUGACAAAUCCUGUGAUUUUUGAAAUAGCAUCUAAUCAAACACCAAAAAGGAUGGUAAGAUGCAAUAUUUGCGAUAAAGAAAUGGUCGAAAAUACCGAUUACGAAAUUCAUGUUUCUGAUUGUUUGAAACGACAACAAAUGAAAUGAUUUUAUAUUGUAAAACAAUAUUGGAUCACAAAUCUUAAAUUGUAAUAUAUUUAGAAAACCCCCCAUUAUCCAUAUAAAACGAUUUUUAAAAUAAUUAUUAUUUUUUAAGAGUUUAAAAUUAAUAAUGAAUUUUGAAAGAAUCAGAACACAACUAAUCGAAAUAAGGUUUAAAUUAGCUGUCACGGAUAAUGGAAUUAAUCCUAGUAUAUUUUUUUGUUUGCUAGCUUUUUUUGUAGUUAUUUGUGUUAAAAAUCUAUUUUUGUAUGGAUAUCGUAGUUUUCAUAAACCGAGUUUUUUUAUUGUUA